GCGCGGCUUGGUGCUGGGGUUAGUGGGAUUGGGCAGCUGCGGCUAAACAUGUCGGUGGUCCAAGUUGUGUCGCGGCUCCUGCGCGCCAGACGCCUGGCGCUGACUGGGGCGCAGCGGCCAGCAGCAUUGCAGACAAGGUCCCGUGGUUUUCACUUCACUGUUGAUGGGAAUAAGAGAUCAUCUGCUAAAGUUUCAGAUUCAAUUUCUACACAAUACCCAGUAGUGGAUCAUGAAUUUGACGCACUGGUGGUUGGCGCUGGAGGGGCAGGCUUGCGAGCUGCGUUUGGCCUUUCUGAGGCAGGGUUUAACACUGCCUGUGUUACAAAGCUCUUUCCCACCAGGUCCCACACUGUGGCAGCCCAGGGAGGAAUCAAUGCUGCCCUGGGGAACAUGGAGGAGGACAACUGGAGGUGGCACUUCUAUGACACCGUGAAGGGCUCUGACUGGCUGGGGGACCAGGACGCCAUCCACUACAUGACAGAGCAGGCCCCGGCUUCCGUGGUUGAGCUGGAGAAUUAUGGCAUGCCGUUUAGUAGAACUGAGGAUGGGAAGAUCUACCAGCGGGCCUUUGGCGGUCAGAGCCUCAAGUUUGGGAAAGGCGGGCAGGCCCAUCGGUGCUGCUGUGUGGCUGACCGCACUGGCCACUCGCUGCUGCACACGUUGUAUGGAAGGUCUCUACGAUACGAUACCAGCUAUUUUGUAGAGUAUUUUGCCUUGGACCUCCUGAUGGAAAAUGGGGAAUGUCGUGGUGUUAUCGCACUGUGCAUAGAAGAUGGGUCCAUCCAUCGCAUCAGAGCGAAGAACACUGUUAUAGCUACUGGAGGCUACGGGCGCACCUACUUCAGCUGCACGUCUGCCCACACCAGCACUGGAGAUGGCACUGCCAUGAUCACCAGGGCAGGCCUUCCCUGCCAGGACUUGGAGUUUGUUCAGUUCCACCCCACAGGGAUAUAUGGUGCUGGCUGUCUCAUCACAGAAGGGUGCCGUGGAGAGGGAGGCAUUCUCAUUAACAGUCAAGGCGAGAGGUUCAUGGAGCGAUAUGCCCCAGUCGCAAAGGACCUGGCCUCCAGAGAUGUCGUGUCUCGGUCCAUGACACUGGAAAUCCGUGAAGGAAGAGGCUGUGGCCCUGAGAAAGAUCACGUCUACCUACAGUUGCACCACCUGCCCCCGGAGCAGCUGGCCAUCCGCCUGCCUGGCAUUUCAGAGACGGCCAUGAUCUUUGCGGGUGUGGACGUCACCAAGGAGCCCAUCCCAGUCCUUCCCACUGUGCAUUAUAACAUGGGUGGUAUUCCCACUAACUACAAGGGACAGGUUCUGAGGCAUGUGAACGGCCAGGACCAGGUUGUGCCCGGCCUGUACGCCUGUGGGGAGGCUGCCUGCGCCUCGGUGCAUGGUGCCAACCGUCUUGGGGCAAAUUCGCUCUUGGACCUGGUUGUCUUUGGCCGGGCAUGUGCCCUGAGUAUUGCAGAGUCCUGCAGACCUGGAGAUAAGGUUCCCCCUAUUAAAGCAAAUGCUGGGGAAGAAUCUGUCAUGAAUCUUGACAAAUUGAGGUUUGCUGAAGGAAGUAUAAGAACAUCUGAGCUACGACUCAACAUGCAGAAGUCCAUGCAAACUCAUGCUGCAGUGUUUCGUGUGGGCAGCGUGUUACAGGAGGGCUGUGAGAAAAUCAGCCAGCUCUAUGGAGACCUAAAGCAGCUGAAGACGUUUGACAGAGGAAUGGUCUGGAACACAGACCUGGUGGAGACCUUGGAGCUGCAGAACCUGAUGCUCUGUGCGCUUCAGACUAUUUAUGGAGCAGAGGCCCGCAAGGAGUCACGUGGUGCUCAUGCCCGGGAAGAUUACAAGGAGCGGAUUGAUGAGUAUGAUUAUUCCAAGCCCAUCCAGGGGCAGCAGAAGAAGCCAUUUGAGCAGCACUGGAGGAAGCACACACUUUCCUAUGUUGAUGUCAGGACUGGGAAGGUUUCGCUGGAAUACAGACCUGUAAUCGACAAAACUUUAAACGAGUCUGACUGCGCCACAGUCCCCCCAGCCAUCCGCUCCUACUGAUGAGACAGACCGGAGCUAACCCGCUUUUGUAAUUAUGUAUAAUAGCUCACAGACGUGUUCAAAGCUUAAGUGUAUGUUUAAAAUUCAGUACUCUAGUGAAUAAGGAGUGCCAUCUCAAUAGAGAUCAGUGGCCAGCAGCUUGCCAGUAAUCACUCAAAAGUGUUAAGCUUACCUUUAUCCCUUGCUUCAUUCUUGUGAAAUGAUAAAACUUGGCAGUACUCUUAAAUAAAACAUAAAUUACAAACUUG